UUGCAGAGCACUUUUCUACAGGAAGAGACAUGUGCAAAAAGAGAACCUGCCAUCAAAAAGAGAGAGGAUGAGGAUGAAGAGGAAAGUGAAGAUGAGUGGGAAGAUGUGGAAGAACUUCGUGAACCUGAGGUAGGGAUCUUGGAAGACAUUUCUCCAACGCCAGCCGUGCCCAACAAAAUGGUUGAGAUAGAGAUUGAGACACCAGAACAAGCAAAGAAAAGAGAGAGAAGAGAGAAAAGACAAGCUGAGUUUGAAACAUACCUCCGGAGAAUGAUGAAACGCUUCAACAAAGAGGUUCAUGAAGAUACACACAGGGUUCACUUACUGUGCUUGUUAGGAAACGGUUUCUAUCGGAACAGAAUCUGCAGUCAGCCAGAUCUCCAAGCGAUCGGCCUUUCCAUUAUCCCAGCCCACUUUACGAAAGUGCCUACGGAUCGUGUAGACCGCUUGUAUCUGUCAAACCUUGUGAAAUGGUUUGUUGCAACCUUUACUGUCAACAGUGAGCUCUCUGAUAUUGAAGAAAGUUGGCAGUCCACCUUGGAGCGGCGUUUUGCUGUCUAUGCUGCUCGAGAUGAUGAAGAAUUGGUGCAUAUAUUUUUACUCAUUCUGCGGUCGUUGCAGCUUCUGUGCCGGCUUGUCUUGUCUUUACAGCCCAUUCCUCUGAAAAAGCCACCAGAGAAGGGAAAGCCCCCAACUAAGAAGCGUUCUGUCAGUUUAGUCUCUGAGGAACUGGAUAGUUCUGACAAAAAGCCUAGAGCUGCACCAAGAAAAUGCUCAGGACCAAAGAGCAAACCAAGAGCAGGCCGAGAGGAGACUGCACCAAAGAACCUAGAAGCUGACAGGAAACCAAACUCCCCUGAAGGCAAAAGGAAAAUAAGUAAAUCCAAGGUACUGAAGGGUGGUCAGAAAGACAAGGAAUGUGGUGAUGGUGAAAACAACUUGAAGGGAAGGGAAGUGUUGGGGAGGCCCAAAAAUGACCGCCAACGAAGAGUGGCCUCCAAAGUGUCUUACAAAGAGGAGAGUGGAAGCGGUGAGGGCAGUGAUUCUGAAUUCCAUGCUUCAGAAGAUGGUCAGGAUGAUAGCAGCAUCUCUGAUGAUGAUUUUGAAACUACUAAUAGGAAGCAUAGGUUUUCACGGGGAACACCUAAAGCAAGAACAGCAUUUAAUAGCAGAUGGAAAUCUGCACCUUCGAUGUUGAAAGAACCCAAGAAUUCAGACAACGUUGAGCAUUUGUCGAGGAAAACCAAUCUCUCAAGUUCUUCAAACCCACCAAAGAAAAAGAACAAAAUAAUUUCCAGUAGUGAUGAUGAAGGAGGAAGUCAGGAGCCAGUUAUACAAAGAGGCACAAAUCAAUGGGUGGAGGUUUUUGUUGAACGAGAAGACAAGUGGGUGGAUGUCAACUGUGUACAUGGCACAGUUGGCCAGCCUUCACUGUGCUUCAGAUAUGCCACCAAACCAGUGUGCUAUAUCGUUGGCUUUGACAACGAUGGGUGCGUAAAGGAUGUAACACAAAGAUAUGAUCCGGCGUGGAUGACUUCAACGAGGAAAAGCCGUGUGGAUGCCCAGUGGUGGGAGGACACUUUGGAACCGUACAGAAGCCCAUUUGUCGAACGGGAGGAAAAAGAAGAGAAGGCUUUUCUAGCUCAGCUUCAAGACCAGCCCCUCCCAACAGCCGUUGGCGAAUACAAGAAUCACCCACUUUAUGCCUUGAAGAGGCAUCUUCUUAAAUAUGAAGCCAUCUACCCUGAAUCAGCUGCUGUGCUAGGAUACUGCCGAGGGGAGGCCGUGUACUCCAGAGACUGUAUCCAUACGCUGCACUCCAAGGACACGUGGCUGAAGCAAGCUCGAGUGGUGAGGCUUGGGGAAGUACCAUACAAGAUGGUCAUAGGCUUCUCCAACCAGGCAAGGAAAGCACGAAUGGUGGAACCUGCCAACCGGGAAAAAAAGGACUUGGGACUCUUUGGUCUCUGGCAGACAGAACAGUAUCAGCCCCCUGUGGCAGUGGAUGGAAGGGUUCCUCGGAACGAAUUUGGAAAUGUGUAUCUUUUCCAGCCCAGCAUGUUACCCAUAGGCUGUGUACAGUUGAAGCUUCCCAACCUUCACCGAGUGGCACGUAAACUGGAUAUUGACUGUGUUCCGGCUGUUACUGGAUUUGAUUUUCAUGGUGGCUACUCGCACCCAGUUACUGAAGGCUACGUAGUCUGUGAAGAAUACAGAGAGGUGCUUGUUGCAGCCUGGGAGAAUGAAGAAGCAGAGAGGGAAAAGAAAGAAAAGGAGAAGCGGGAAAAGAGAGUGUUGGGGAACUGGAAAUUGUUGGUGAAAGGAGUUCUGAUCCGGGAGAGACUGAAGGAACGUUACUCCACUAAGAAUGAGGCAGCAGAUGGCAUGAUGGGAAGGGAGACUGGGUUCUCCUCUGAUGAAGAAGGACCAAGCUUGGAGACCGCAGCUGGGGACAUGGCUGUUUCUUGGCCCCAAAACCGGCAAGUGGAGAAACAGAGUGGGGGAGAAAAAAGAACCAGAAAGAGCCAGAGGGAGAAGAAAGGAGAAGCAAAGCAUUUGUUCCCAUUUGAGAAGUUGUGACCAGGAGGAAAUGUUGGGCUUUUG